AUGGCGGAGAAGGAGGAGCAGCAGCGCACUCAAACUGUUGAGGAUGCCGCUGUAGCGAAGUCUUCCCCUUGGAACACCAACUCCUCACACUGGGAGGAGAAGCAGCUAACAGCCUGGUGUAUAUCUACACUGCAGCAGCAAAUAGCUGCAGCAAAAAUAAAACUAUUAGAUGAAUCAACAGAACUUUCUUUCUUUAAUGUUAAAGUACAAGGAGAGGCAAAUUUAAGCUAUAAAGGGAAGAAAAAGAUUCUUUUUUAUGAUUUGUUUAUUGAUGCGGAUUG